CAAUGGGCCAUUUUCAACUCUCGGUUACAGGAGGCUGAUAGAUAAUGGCGUACAGAAAUGUAGUUGAAUCAUUUAUUGAAAGUGAUGAAAGUAUUAUAUUAUUUUAAGGGUUGCAUAAGCUAUUUGUCGCAUUGAAAAGUUUAUUGGCAAUAUUUAUGACACAUGGAUCUGGACCUUUUGGUCGAGCCUCAGUGAUAUAACCUCAAAGGAUGUUGCAUCCGCAUGUCUCUGGCCUUUCUUGACACUUAUAAUCUAUAAAUAAGUAAUUAAACCUGUUGCUGAAAUAAAUUACAAAUAUAUAAAUUUCAUGAUGAACAUUCAGAACAUUGUUAAGCCAAGAAACGUAUAACCUCAAAAAAUUAUGGAAGAAGACCCGACUCCUCAAGAUCUUCAACGAAAGCUCUAUUUCUUGGUGGAACAGCUUCAACACAUGGCUUCGUCACUCUCUCCGAAAUACCAACAGCGUCUUCCAUAUGAAUUAUUAUCAGGUUUGGCAAAUUCCCUCCUAAAUGACACUAUUUUCGAGAUCGUGAAAGGGUUAAUGGAAAUUCAGCACGUUACGGAAAAGCAUCUUUUUCAACAACGUUUGCAAUUACUGAACCAGCAGAAAAUUGAACUCCAAGAAGCAAUGUCAGCUUUGACUACGGAAGAAGAUCGCGUGGCUGCAAAAGUAGCUUUAUAUAAAAAACAUAAAGACGAAGUGAAACAAACAGAUAUGAACUUGGUUCUGCAACUUGAUCAGAAAGUUUCUGAUCAGCAAAGUAUUCUCGAGAAGGCUGCCGUUCCUGGGUUUUACGUUACAACCAACCCUAUGGAGAUUCAGGUUCAAAUGAGACUAUGUGAUUUUAUUAUCAGGUUGAGUAAAAUGGAUAUUCCUAGGUAACGUAAUUCACACAAAAUUUCGUCGCCUAUAAUGUAAUCAAUGUAAUCCUUUAUUUUAAUGAGUUCUUGUAAAUAUUCCUCGACAAAUCUACUCUCGGAAAGGUGGAUUCGUUUCUUAUUUUAUAGAAACAUUUUUGUACAGAUAUGUAAUGAAUUCAAGACUAAUUAAUUUGUUCAUUAUUCUUGAGAUAAUAAAUUUUGUAAAUGUUUUUGACGUUCCAAUGAUUCCAUGUUGAAUAAAACUGAGAUUACCCAUUUCAUAUCAUAAAUGGAUGA